AUGGCAUCGAAAGGCCCUUCCUCAGAACAUCGAAAGGCCAUUCAUCAUGACAUUGAAAGGCCCUUCCUCAGGGCAUCGAAAGGCUAUUCAUCAUGGCAUCGAAAGGCCAUCAUGACAUCGAAAGGCCCUUCCUCAGGGCAUCGAAAGGCCAUUCAUCAUGGCAUCGAAAGGCCCUUCCUCAGGGCAUCGAAAGCCCUUCAUCAUGACAUCGAAAGGCCCUUCCUCAGGGCAUCGAAAGGCUAUUCAUCAUGGCAUCGAAAGGCCCUUCAUCAUGACAUCGAAGGGCCCUUCCUCAGGGCAUCGAAAGGCCAUUCAUCAUGGCAUCGAAAGUCCCUUCCUCAGGGCAUCGAAAGGCCCUUCAUCAUGGCAUCGAAAGGCCAUUCAUCAUGGCAUCGAAAGGCCCUUCCUCAGGGCAUCGAAAGGCUAUUUAUCAUGGCAUCGAAAGCCCCUUCAUCAUGA